UCUUUCCCCACCCACCCCACUCAACCUCGCCGCCGAGCCGAUCUCCGACGAUUGCCCGCCAUGUCGUCAGCCGCCGCGCUCCUCCUCCGCCCCACCUCCGCCACGACGCACCCGCUCCUCCACCUACCCAGCCCCAAAUCCUUCGUCCUCCGCCUGCACCCGUCUCGCCGCCGCCUGCCCGUUCCGCGCCUCUCCCUCACGCCCACCACCUCCAGCAACAGCAACAAUUCCCCUCCCCUGCCGUCCCCUCCGCACCCCUCGCCCGAGCCCGCGGCCCCGCCUUCCCUAGUCGCCAAUUGGUCCCCGCCGCGCGCGAUCUGGCGGGGCCUCUCGGCGCUGCUCCUCGCGGGGCAGGUCUUCCACCGCGUCCUCACGGGCCGCGUCCACCGCCGCAACCUCCUGGCGCAGCUCCGCCGCGUGGGGCCAGGGAGCGCGGGGGUCGCGCUCCUCACCGCCGCCUUCGUCGGCAUGGCCUUCACCAUCCAGUUCGUGCGCGAGUUCACGCGCCUCGGCCUCCACCGAUCCGUCGGCGGCGUCCUCGCACUCGCGCUCGCGCGCGAGCUCUCGCCGGUCGUCACGGCCGUCGUCGCCGCCGGCCGCGUCGGCUCCGCAUUCGCCGCCGAGCUCGGCACCAUGCAGGUGUCCGAGCAGACCGACACCCUCCGCGUCCUCGGCGCCAACCCCGUCGACUACCUCGUGGUCCCGCGCGUCCUCGCCUGCGUGCUUGCGCUCCCGGUGCUGACACUGAUCAGCUUCGCGCUUGGCCUCGCCUCCUCGGCAUUCCUUGCCGAUUCCGUCUUUGGCGUCAGCGUCAGCAUCAUUUUGGAGUCUGCACGCAGGGCGCUGCGGCCAUGGGACUUGAUCAGCUCCUUGCUCAAAUCUCAAGUGUUUGGAGCCAUUAUCGCGGUGGUGAGCUGUGCCUGGGGUGUCACAACCCAUGGAGGAGCCAAGGGUGUUGGCGAGUCUACAACAUCUGCAGUGGUCGUUUCUCUGGUUGGGGUUUUCAUUGCAGACUUUGCUCUGUCCUGCCUGUUCUUCCAGGGUGCUGGUGAUUCACUCAAGUAUGCAAUGGGUUGAGGCAGAAUCACAGCAGAGGAAUUUUUUGCUUUGUAGGAGCGUAGCAUAGUCUUGUACAUUAACAAGAGUGGUGCAGCACAUCCAAAUAGGCGAACAUUGCAACAUCAGCCGCUCUCCAGUGCAGAUAAUCUUGCCUCCUUAGCAUUAAGCAUCCAUGGAUGAUAAGACCCGAAUAAGGUGGUUGGACAGCCUUGUUUAUUGAAAAAGAAAAAACAGUGCCUCCAGGUUCCAGUAUGAAUUGCCAGAUUAAUGGAUGUGUGGGACAUGCUGGAAUUCCCUGGUUGAGUGUGCACACUAUUGUUAUUGUAGAUGCUUCAGCCAUUGCAUCAUCAGGACGUGUCUCUGCCUCUCUGGAAUGACGAUUUGGACUGUUUCAUCUUCACUUAUUUGGUUAAAUUUCACCAUUAUUUGUUUGUCAUGCUACUUAGGUAGGUUCUACUCUUCCUCCAAUAAAAGAAGUGGUGUACUAUUGUCCACAGGAUUACUGCCUCAUCUGGACAUGUCUCUGGAAUAAUGAAUUGGACAGUUUUACAGUCAUUUAUUUGGUUAAUUUUCA